GUCGAGUGCCGUACGCGCAGGUGCAUCGCUGAAGUUAGCAGCGUAAACAUCUUCAAAAUCGUGCUUCUCCUUUAAGUUUUACACGUACCGAGUGUACAGAUUGUGCUAAAUUUGUGACGGAGGAACGUACACGUUGGUGGGCUUUGCUGUCGGCGUGUUCGGAGGAGGAGGCCGGUCGACAUGACUCUAAACCAGAACCAUUCGGAGUCCGGCGGUGUCAUCAUCAACAACAGCGAAAGUGUUUUGAUGAACCAUGACAACGUGGAGCUGGUCUUCGUCGACACGGAAGGUCUACUACCUGAGGCCUUCAGAAGGAGCAAGAAGGGCAGCAUCUACCUGACUCCGUACAGGGUGAUCUUUGUGGCCAAAGGUCGAGAUGCACUCAGGUCCUUUAUGAUGCCUUUCUAUUUGAUGAAGGGAUGUGAGGUCAAACAACCUGUACUGGGGGCAAAUUACAUCAAGGGGACCGUCAGUGCGGAACCAGGAGGUGGCUGGGAAGGCAGCACAAGCUUUAAGCUCGUCUUUAGUGCAGGCGGAGCCAUUGAGUUUGGACAAUGCAUGUUGCAGGUUGCCACUCAGGUUUCCAGAGGUCAACCGGUCACUCCAGGGUUUGGCGAAUGCCCUUUCAUGGCUAAUGGGGCCUACGCUUACCCACCUCCCCCUUGUAACGGGGCAUAUCCCGCUGGACCCCCACCUGGCUACGGCUACCCCAACGCACCGGCUCCAGAUGGCUUCUACCCCAACCCACCAGCAUUUGAUAGCGCUGCAGGCUACAUGGCGCCACCUCCCUAUUCAUCUACUCUGGGUCAGCAGCCCAGGCAGGCCCUACAUGACCCUGAAGUCCCCUCUUCGGCUGCAGCUGAGGCUAAAGCAGCUGAAGCAGCAGCCAGUGCUGCUAACUGUUCCACGCUGCCGCCUACACAUGUGUACCUUCCAGAGGACAAGCCUCCCCCCUACUCUCCUCCAGAAGACAAGAAGAACCAGUAGGCCUUGCUUUAUUUCCUUUCCCUCCGUGGACCUCUUCUACAUGGACCACCAUGACAUCCAUUUUAAUUUUAUCAUUCCCUCUCGUCUUUUGAAACAACAUUCUCAACUCCUCUGUGACAAGCGUAAUAUCACAUCACACUUUGGAUGAAAUGUUCACUAAUUUAACACUGGAUCAAAAGCGAAUAAGAGCGUAUUAUUUCAUAAUAUUAAUGUCUUGAGUGUUGCAAAAUUCCCUCUAUGCUUAAUUUAGCUUUGCAGUGAUUUAUGAAAUGACUUAAUCUUAUGUUACACAUUGCUCUGUGAAUCUAUUCAGUGAGCUAAAUGAAGCAAUUUAUUUUUGUACCGUUUAACUGUAUAUAUUUUGGAGAUAAUGUAUAUCUUGUCACUGUUAUCAAGGCGUACAAGGCAUCACGUCUGGUUUGACACAUUGCGCUGGAUGAGAGGACUGCAUAGAUUAGAGUCCAGCAGUGCGUCCCUGAUCUAGGAUUAAGAUCAGAGAGUAAAAGGUGGGUCAGAGUGAUUUACACAGACAGCAUGGAUUGUGUUAUCCAUCCAUCCAUCCAUCCAUCCAUCCAUUUUCCAAGCCGCUCGUGUUGUGCAAAGCGGAUGUCAUUUUUUUUGUGUGACAAAACAGGACUGUAGACUAGCAUCAAGUUAGAUAUAACCAUGAUAGAAAAGUCUCAAUUCAGAUCUCCUGUACUUCCUACUAAAGUAAUGGUGUACUACAUAUUAAGUGUUCCUUGUUUUUUGUUUGUUUAGUUUUUGCUGAGCUUGGGGCUCUUGCUUUCUCAGGCAUGGCUGAAAGUAUGAUAAAGCUUAACAUUUAACAACAGCUAAUGUAACCAGUAGGCAUAUAUUAAAAGGAUCUUGUUUCAUGUGGAAACAAAGGUUUUCGAAUUUUGUGUCACUUGAUGGAUGUCGAUUUACAAACUGCACAGAGGUCCUCCCAUGACUUAGAAUACUGUCCUGUUUUCUUCCGUCACACAUUUAUAAACUGAUGCAUCUCAAUAAAUGUUAAUACGUUCAUGAAUUAGUGAUGUAUUUUCAGUACUGGUACAUUACAGUGUCAUUGAACACUUGGGAAAAUACUUUUCAGAAACCUAAUUCUUGCUUAAUCUCAAAAUGAAAAAUUGCCAUUGUUUCCUGAUUGUUACCAUACUUUCCGGCCUAUAAACCGCAACUUUUUCCCCACACGCUUUCUACCCUGCGAUUUAUGCGGUGAUGCGGCUAAUGUGUGCAUUUUUUUCUAACGGCCGCAAGGGGGCACUUGAGCAGAAAAGGUAAGAGUGAGACCAGGUGAAUAUAUGUAACGAGGAAGUGACUUGAAGUGACUUUUACCGGUCUGGCCGUUAGGCCUGCACUAGCGUGUUACUGCCGUGUCUCAGUGACUUUUACCGGUACAUUUUUUUUUUAACUGGUCCUAUUAGCGUGGCGCUAGCAUUAAAAAAACUGUGUACCGUCUUUGUAAAUAUUUUGGUUUUAAAUGUGGGUUUCAAUGUGGGCACCUGCGGCUUUUACACAGCUGUGGCAUUUGUAUGUACCAAAUGGUAUUUACUUUACAAAAGUACUGGGUGAGGCUUAUAACCAGGUGUGCGCUGUAGGCUUUUCUAGAUGGUUAAUUCUGGGUUUUCAUUUGCUGUAAGCUAU